UACCGGCCGCACGGAAGGCGUCACGUUGAGAGAUUCCUGGUCCAUGAGAAUAUCUCGCGAUCGAAAAAAGAUUGUGAAGGACCCGAGACGAUAUUUCGAAAACACUUUAACACGUAGAAAUGGCCAUCUCAAAAAUAACUUUAUAUUAUAUAACACCAUUUGCGAAUGUAUUUUCAAUGCGAUUUGAAAUUACUCGUUUGUGAUGGGAUAAAAAAUCGUUAUGACGCAUGCAUGUUCCACGUUUAAUUAACACUAUUAACCACGGAGUUUUUUUUAUCGCUUGAAAACUGAUCGUGUGACCAUAUCAAUAUUUUCAGAAAAAUUCGUGAUCGAGGACUCGCAGCGAGCUCGUCGAGGAGGCAAGAAACCGGCCCUGUGAUCGAAGACUGUCCGGUCGGUACCGGUCCGGAACCCAUUCAGGUGGUGGAUGGCGGUUUACGCAUCCGUCUUGCACACUGGCGAGAAGACUGUUGGCGGACGAGAUGGAUUCCUUACUUGGCUGAAGGACAUCUUUAAUAAAUCUACAGAGGAUAAAAGCCACAAGGCUGACACCGCGAUCGUUGAUCGUGCAACAACGGCAACAACAUUCGAUCGGCCAGAAAUAGCGGCUCCCAUGCGGCCGGCGGACUCCUCAGACAAGGUCGAUGUCGUUAAUCAAAGACUGGCUAACUUCUGCGCGGUGCGAUCGACGACGAAGUCUGAGCAUGGGAACAUCCGCGCUGAGAAGCGUGACGCGAAGAACGGCGAACGUGCGUACACGAUUCAACAGUCGGCGAUCCACGACACGUUGCAGUCGAGUCAUUUUGCGGCUGGAAAAACUUCCGAACGCGUGAUAGACCCUAACUCUUCGUGGCGCGAUCUCGGCAAGAUGUAUCGAUCCGAGAGAAAUGGCGGCGCGAUCGAGUUUGCGGCGAGAGACGAUCUCGAUGUGGCCUCGCAUUAUCGUUGUUACACGAGCCCGAGACACUGUUAUCGCCUGCCACCGCAGCGGACAAAACGGCCGUUGAUGGGAUUGUGCGCCUCGAAUAGAUACAUCAGCGUGCCGACGCGCACGAUGGUGGGUUUCGCUCCUAAGAACUCAAAGCCACCCAUCAAGGAACCUAACGCGCCCGAAAAGCACGAGAAGGACGAGAAGAAGGACAGAAAAGAGAAGAAGAAGCCGAUAAUACGUACGGACGGCGAAUCUGUCGAUAGUAGCGAGAACCGAGCGGAGAUGGUGGCGGACGAUAACCCGAGGAGUGACCCCGACGCAGCGUUUCGUUACGAGUGGGGCGUGAAACUCGCCGAGGAACAACCGGCCGCCGAAGCGGCGAACGAUAACGAUAAGUUCGCCGAAAAGGGCCAGCUAUACGUCACGAAGCAGCUUUGGGGAGUGAACCUGAAACAACCGAAGUCGGAUAUCGCUCCGUCGAGGACCGCGAGUUCCGGGCGAGGCGCGGGGGAGCCUCGAAACGCCUCUUCGAUCUUCGAGAGUGGCGAUACUACAGCCAACGAAGCGAAGAUCGGCACUGUCCCAGCACCGGACGAUUCGGCGAAGAAGUCGGACGCGUCGAGCCUGAAAGGUACAACCGCGGAGUAUCUCUCGACUCCGUCGCGUCAGGCUGGCUCGAGCGCCGAUUUUAUUACGACGCAACAAGAUAGCGACGAUGAUGCAAACUCGUAUUUGAGUUCCGAAGAGCUCCGAAGAAUCAUGAGGACAUCCCCGAACAUGCUGAAGGAGACGAUAGUUGUCGAUGACGAGUACAACGUUCCGAAAGGAGCGGGCUUGAACGCUGAGAUCGCCGCCUGGCAGAAUCUCAUGAUGAGAUCAAUUCCGGAUAUCAAGAAUUCUUUGCCGACCGAUAACGCGGAGGACAUGGAAACGAUGUCCAUCCGUCCGGAAGCGCCACAGGCGAAAUUGGACGUGCAAGUUGUGAGACCCACCAAAGAUAACUUGAAGGAAAAAAAUGUAGAGCACUCGGACUCCAAACGCACUCCGAAAUUUACAGAGAUUAAGGGAAUCAGAUCUCCGCGAAAACCGGACGAUUAUCCUAUCAGUAAGAAGCUGCAUACUAUGAGCACGCAAAUUCGUUACGUGCAUCGACAUACGGAUAGCAUCGUCCAACGAAAUAUUGAAUCGCUUUCAAGUAACUUUGUUCCUAUUAAUAGAACUACACAAACGAAAUAUCCAAAAUUCGCGUCAGCCUUCUCUACGAAUUCGGAAGAUUCCACGCCAGAGAAGAUGAUCGAUGAAGUAUCGAAACAACAGAUAAAUUCGAAGUGGGAAAACGAGGGAAAGUCUAAUGAUCCUAAUUCGAAUAAUACAUUAAAUAGCGAUCGAUCUCUUUUACCGGCAGAACCUCGAACAUUUUCAAGCAGAGAUCAGGAGCAAGCGGAUACUGAUUUCGCGAAAACACUGGAUGUUAUCGCAGAUAAGGAAAUGGAGAUUUCUAUGAACCAGCUGCAAAGUACUGAUCGUAAAAAGACGGCUCAUCUCUCAGAUUCUAUCGUGUCUUCUGGACUUACAAAAAAGGAUAAACUUCGUUAUAAAGACGAGGAUAUGGAGAACGAAAUAGAACGUCUUGAGGAAUCGUACUCUAAUUAUACGGAUUUCAAUAAUUCAUUAAUUGACAGGGGUUCAGUCAAAUUGGAUGCAAACAAAUCGGUUAAGAAAGACUCGAGCGACGAUAAUACUACCUUCGAUUCGAACGCGAAAGACGUAGAUGAUGAUUCGAGCAAAGAAUACAUCAUCGAUGGCAAUUAUGUGCGAUUACCCGGCGAUCCUUAUCCUUACAGCAGGGAAAACCUGGACAAAUGGCGCGUGCCGCGUUCGAGGAAUCUCGUCUACAAGCCGUGGAAGCGGGAAACGUCCCUCUCCUCCGAUUCUCCCACCGUCGUGCGGUCAACCCUGAGGAACGCUAAUGACGCGUACGCGAACGCUGCCGGAGAGCCACGCGAUUCUCACGCCGCUGAUGCAGUAAUAGAGACUUCAGGAAGUAGCGGCGAUGGCGGUGCGAGAGAGAAGACGGGACUAGCGAACAAAUUCUACGUGUCCUCUCAGGAUCAGCGGGUGGUGUCUGAUUGCCUACGAGGUGACGCCGCGAACGCGUUGGGACUGCGGCAAUGGACGGAGGCGUUUUCGAGGCUUGACGUCGGGAAGAUAAACGAAGCGGCGCGAAGCGGCGACAACGCGCGUUACGAGUAGUUCGCGAUGGAACGUAAGUUCCGGUGCGCGUGCAUAAUUCAGUUCUCUCGAUUAAUUAGGGCGGGCUCGUUGCCGCGACGUAACGAGCCAAGGUUCCGAGUUUCAAUCUCAGAUUGCGCAUCCCAUUUCCGUUUGCUUUCGAUGCAACAAGUAUGAACACAAUGAAUACAAAAAUAAAUAAUAUUUUCUUUUAAUAGUUUACGUUGCAAUCAUUCAUUGUCCCUUUCGUAAUAUUCUUUUUAAUGAUACUAGAAAAUACAUAUAAUAUAAAAUUUAUUGUUGAUAUAUUUAAAUGAGAUGAGCAAUGUGUAGAAAUAAAGAGAUUAAUAAAAUUCAUUUAUUUGCAAAAA